UCUUCUCGCCUCAAAUAUCAGUACUCAGAAUAGCAUAAAUGAAAAGAGCAAAAUGAACAAUCCUAUGGAAGAGCAGCAGAAUGCUAUUCUGGAACGUAUAAUUAAUAAUUUGGGGAAACUAAAUGAUUCCGUAAUAACAUUGAAUAAAAAGCUUCAGCAAGUGAACAUGGCAAAUAUGAACGUUGAACUCGCCAGCCAAAUGUGGGCAAACUACGCUCGGAAUGCAGUCUUUCACUUGGAAGAAACAGGGUCUCUCAAAAAGGCCAUUUAACACGUCUAGCGAAACUUGUUGUAGAGUGCAAGUAGAAUAAGAAUGAUCAGUAAUGCAAUAAUCAAGGUAGUGAUCGUUCUGUUCAUUGCGAGUCUGUAAUGGGUUAGCACAGUAAUCGUAAAUCAAUAAACUUACCGUCUUGCCAUUGUUUUGAUAGUCCGUAAACUGCG